AUGCCGAUAUUCCUGGUGAACACCAACGUGCCACGCGCCUCUGUGCCGGACGGGCUCCUCUCCGAGCUCACCCAGCAGCUGGCGCAGGCCACGGGCAAGCCCGCGCCGUACAUCGCGGUGCACGUGGUGCCGGACCAACUCAUGGCCUUCGGGGGCUCCAGCGAGCCGUGCGCGCUCUGCAGCCUGCACAGCAUCGGCAAGAUCGGCGGCGCGCAGAACCGCUCCUACAGCAAGCUGCUGUGCGGCCUCCUGGCCGAACGCCUGCGCAUCAGCCCGGACAGGAUCUACAUCAGCUACUACGACGUGAACGCGGCUAACGUGGGCUGGAACGGCUCCACCUUCGCCUGUGUGUCGCGCCCCGGACUCCCCUGCCCGCGGCCUGCAGCCUGCGCGCGGUUUUCUGCCCGCCCCGCCCCAGCGACCCCACCUACCGGGACGGAGAAAUAA